GCUCCCUCGGUCUAUCACGACUCACCGGACGCAUAUUACACUGUCAGAGUGCAAGCCAUGCUUGUUCUGUUCGAGACUGCUGCUGGAUAUGCUGUCUUUAAACUUCACGAUGAGAAAGGCGCAAUGGAGGUUUCGGAUUUGUGUAAAGCCUUUGAAGAUACUGCCACUAUGAAUCAGCUAAUAACUUUGGAGAAGUUCGUGCAGUUCAAAGACACCAAUGACGCUCUGGCUGCUGUCGCUGACGUUGUGGAAGGCCGCGUUUCAAAGCGUCUGAAGAAGCUGCUAAAGAAGCUGUACGUAAAGGAGCUCCGUGAUGAUAUCCUCGCAGUUGCUGACAGAAAAUUGUCCAUCGACAUUUCAGUGAGUUCCUUGUUUAGUCCGUUAUUCGACAGUCCAAACUUAAUAUUCCAACAGCGUGCGACUCGGCUGUUCAAAACCUCAUGCGUGCAAUUCGCUGUCACCUAGAAGCCCUGUUGCCAGUCGUGGAAGAGGAUCACAUGACCAGGAUGCGUCUUGGCUUGGCUCACAGUCUGGACAGGUACAAGCUGAAAUGCAAUCCGGAUAAAAUCGAUACUAUGAUCGUGCAGGCUGUAGGCUUGCUUGAUGAACUUGACAAAGAAGUCAACAAUUAUGUGAUGCGUACGAAAGAGAUGUACGGAUGGCAUUUUCCGGAGGUGUCAAAAAUAGUCCAGGAUAACAUGGUCUAUGUCAAGGUCGUAAAGCGUAUAGGCCAUCGUGAGAACGCGUCUGUCGACUUAUCUGAUCUUGUCACAGACGACGUGGCUUCACAGCUCCGUGAAGCAGCUAUAGUAUCCCUCGGGACUGAGGUUACCGACGAAGACAUAGAAAUGAUAAAUGGCCUCUGUGACCAGGUCUUAGAAAUCUCCGAAUCGCGGACCCAUCUUCAAGACUAUCUCAUGAAACGCAUGAUUGCUGUAGCUCCUAAUUUGACCUCACUGGUCGGUGAACUACUGGGUGCUAGGCUCAUUGCCCGCGCAGGUACCCUUGUCAACUUAGCCAAGCACCCGUCAUCUACGGUACAAAUUCUCGGAGCGGAGAAGGCACUCUUUCGAGCCUUGAAAAGUCAUCAGAACACACCAAAGUAUGGGUUGCUCUAUCACGCCGCAUUGAUCAACCAAGCAGACGCAAAGCUCAAGGGCAAAAUGUCCCGGAUGUUGGCGGCAAAGGCCUCUUUGUCUGCUCGAUUAGACGCGUUAGGAGAAGAGGGGGCUGAUACAGAAAUGGGCUUGCGGAGUAGAGCAUAUCUAGAAAACCGUUUGAAGCAGUUGGAAGCCGGAACAUUUAAGCCUCGGAUUUCAGGAAUCAAGCGCAAGUUUGAGAACAACGUUGACGAAAACAAGCAAAGCACACCUACUCCGAAGCGUAUGAAGCAGGAAACGAUGUAGACUGUUGUAAACCUACUUGUACAUACUACUGUUUUCGCCUCGUUUUUGUAUUCUGAUCGGGAAAGUCAAAUUUGCAGCAAUUCGGUAGACUCGUGCGAAGUACAACUGUCAACUUGUUAGCGAUGUACUCGUCGUUGAGAGUUACUUCAAAUCACGCAGUUCAUAUUUUAUGCUUUGGCUGUCACACAACGAUGUCUGCAACCAAUUCUGUUGGAGCGCGGUCCUUAUUUUUAGCAUUUUGUUUGCCUUGCCGGCCUUUUUGUCUGCUACUGUGACAUCGAGUUAGUAGCCUCGGUUAUUU